UCGAAGGUUUCAGUUUGAACGGUUUUCAAUGUAUCUUAUCAGAUCGGCGUCUUACUUCCGGACAGGAUCAUCCAUGGCACGGGUCAGCCACACCUUUUCCCUCCACCGUAACGUAUUUCUAACAAAUAGCAUAUCCACACGUGUUAAUCCGAUCCGACAUUUUGACGUGCACUUUAAACGCCAGAUACUAGCGUUUUGGACAGUGGAAGAAUAUCCAGGUCCGAACAUGCACCUAUGCGAUGCCAUGCAUCAUAGCUGUGGUCCUUUUGCUCUGCACAUAUGUGACUGCCACGACAGCCUCUGUGGCUUCCGUACAUGAGGCAACAUCUACUGCCACCUAUACUCUGACUCAUAACGAAGCCAUAGAUGCACAUCAGUCGACACUUGCAGCCCCAGCAUCUACUUUAAUCUCAAGUUCGAAAAGCUCGCCGGAGAGCCCUCUAGCUUUCAUUUCCGAACCAAGCCUAAGCGUCUGCCCGAGCAGAACGAUCAACUACAUUACUCACUCGCUACCACAACAAUGCCUACGAACAAGUAGAAGCCUGCCUGGAAACGGGACUUUGGCAGACACGGCAGUGGCAAAUGACACAGCUACUAGCAAUAGUGCGGCUCCACCAUCAGGAGCUGUGCAAGUGAUCCCGCAGGCGGUCGACACAACUGAAGCGGCGAACACCCAAGCAUCCCACAACCAUGUAGCCGCAGAUAAGAGUCAAGAAGCAGUACUUGAGGAUUCACCGAAGCUGGGUCUGGAGGAUGAACACGACUCACCUCUAGACAAAUCGAAGUUUCUAUCCUUCGAAGAAUGGAAAAAAAGAAAUCUCGAAAAAGUUGGACAAUCCCCGGAUAACGUCGGGCAGGGGAGAUCACAAGUCAACGAGGGCAGACGCAGACCAAUCACUAAUGCGCUGGACACAUUAGGGGAAGAGGGUGAGAUAGAACUGGACUUUGGUGGUUUUGGUCAAGGGACAUCCCGAUAUACUCCAGACGCGGAGACGACUAUUGCAUCAAAGGCGAGUGAAAAUUCGGCAGAACAAAGUGAACACGCAAGUCCAGCACGGCACAGAAGCAAGGAUGCUGGGAAGACGUGCAAGGAACGCUUCAAUUACGCCUCGUUCGACUGCGCGGCUACUGUUAUGAAAACGAAUCCAAAAUGCAAAUCCUCCAGUUCCGUUCUCGUCGAAAACAAGGAUAGCUACAUGUUGAACGAAUGCUCUAUUGACAAUAAAUUUAUCAUCAUUGAGCUCUGCGACCAUAUUCUUGUGGACACCGUCGUUGUUGCCAACUUCGAGUUCUUCAGCAGCAUGUUCAAAACAUUCCGUGUCAGCGUAAGCGACCGUUACCCGGCCAAAGCAGAUAGGUGGAAAGACCUGGGCACCUUCGAGGCCAGAAACACGAGGGAGAUCCAAGCAUUUCUAAUUGAAAAUCCGCAGAUAUGGGCGCGUUACCUGCGAAUUGAAUUUCUUACGCAUUAUGGAAAUGAGUACUACUGUCCUGUCAGUCUAAUUAGGGUACAUGGAACGACCAUGAUGGAAGAGUUCAGACAUCAAGAGGACGCUGCAAGGGACGAGGACGAAGAUAUCGAGGAGCUCGUUCCUGAUGUUGAGCCAGUGCCUCCUGUAGUCAUCGAGACAACAAGCGCGGUGACAGCCAGCAGCACCAUGAGGUCAGAACAAGUUGAAAGUCAAACUAGGACACCUUUUAGUAUGGCCAGCAUAGUCAAUGUGCCUCAUGAAAGCGACGUAACUGAAAAUGUCACGGGAGUGGCCAUGGAUCUUCCAACAUUGGUAGAUAAUUCUACAACGGAAGAAAUGAGAGGAUCUACAUCCGUCUCUACUCAAAAUUGCAGCCAAGGUGUGGCAAUAGUGUCCACAGUAAAGGUAAUCGAGCCCGCACCAGUCGGAGGGACAGACCCAGUCAUUUCAUACACAGGGACAACAGCAGAGCUUCGAAAUGCAUCAGAGAGUGCCCAGAUGCCGUCACCAUAUAACACCUCUCGGGCUAGCACCGAGGAAAACUCGAACACGACAUCCACUAGUACAUCAUCAAUGGUGCAGUCAAUCGAGUCUGUAAAUACCACAGAAACUCUCAGUAACAUGGAUUCUACCGACUCUACUGCGACAGCAAAUCAACACACUGAGGCCAAACUCAAUAGCAACAGCUCCAGCACGUUGAAUAGUGAGCGAGCAACGAAGACUGUUGUCGCAGACACUAUUAAACCACCUCCGCCUCCUCAGCCGUCGACACAAGAUAGUUUCUUCAAGGCGACAAAUAAACGGUUGACUAUGCUAGAGACAAACUCUUCUCUGAAUAUUCAGUAUAUCGAAGAGCAGUCUCGUAUUUUACGCGAUGCGUUCGUUCAAACAGAGAAACGUCAACUUAAGAAGACGGAAAACUUCUUAAGGCACCUCAACGACACCGUCAUGGCGGAGCUGAAAGGAUUUCGGAUGCAGUACGAUCAGCUGUGGCAAUCCACUGUGAUAGAGCUUGAGGAGAGUCGGGCUAGAUCACAGAAGGAGAUGAUGGCUUUCAGUGCGCGUUUGACUAUGCUUGCGGAUGAGUUAGUAUGGGCCAAGAGGAUGAACGUUCUGCAAUCCAUCCUGUUGCUUGCAUCUUUAGGCUUGUUCGUCUUUGCCUCGAAGGGUAAGGAGUAUAUGGACAUGCCGAUCAUGCAGCAAGCUCUGAAAACAUCUCAAUCUGUCCUUCGUCUGGGAGGUCACGGAAAUUUUGAUAGUCCUCCUGGCAGUCCAGAAUCUACACGAGCCAGCAGCCCAGAAUUUCGACGUAGUUUACGAAAGCUGAACAGGCUUUUAAGUGCUGAUUUGGAGCCAAAUCCUGUCUCACAGAGUAGCGAUGUGGACAGCCCACUUGUGGAAAAAAGCAUUGACGUAAAGGACAUUGGAACUGUAACUCCAGAUGAGGUCACCACAAAUCCUGAUUUGCAUUUCGAACCCUCAACCCCUGAAGCGUCAAUCCAUGGACAGGGCGACGGUGACCGCAGUGCGAGUCCAACCUUAAGCCCCGAAGAAGCCGCGAGAGCUAUUGCUCGCGAAGCUCAAAGCGGACCGGCAACACCGAGCGGCACAAGGGAGAAUCGGCCACUGGAGUGGGAUCGUACACGCGGAGAGUCUGACAGCAAUCCAUUGGCAACUUCAGCGGAGAUUCUCUCGUCUCUCCGGGUGGGAAAAGAGAUCUCGCCAAGUUCCGAUAUAUGUCACAGCCCGCUGCGGCACAGCACGCUGGAGGACAUCCCAGACGAAGAAGACCGAUAAUACAUUCCAUGCAUAAUGACUUGCCGAGCGUGACCUGUCAUCCUCGAAUCUGAUUUCUCUUCCCUUCGCCAAAUGUAGAUGGGAAGUAAGCUGCAAUUGCUGACAAAACUGUCCUUGCAAUCGGUAUAGUGGCAAAGAAGUUGUCAACAUAAGUUUGUGAUCAAGCAACGAACAUAGGCACAGUGGCGAUUUUCCUCAAAGUCACCAAAAAAUUACGGCCAACGUCUUAUUCUGGGGCAUGACAGGGAUUGUACGGCGCGAAAAAGCACUGCAUUAUCGAGGUAGAAGACAGCUCGGGCUAACAUGUUGUGUGACACAAUUUUGUUUGCUAUGCACUUUACAGCUGAGGUCUUGUUCACAAUACCCUUUGCAAUUGACUCUGGUGAUUGGCUGCAAGGCUGACGGCCCGCAUCCCAACAGAAAAUCAUGAAGAGCAGCUUUUGGAAAGGGAAAGAUGUCUGGCAAUGGCUCAUUGGAUGUUCCCUACCGAAUGUGCAGGAGAGGCAUGAGCACGUUCUACGGUUGAACUUGCUGGUGAUACGACUUUUGAUUUCAACGUAAGAAUGUAGUAUUGACUAUGCCACGAGAAAGAUUCAUCAAACAAAGAAACGGAACAUCUUUUCUCUUAGCCGCAUAUCAGCAUCUCUCCAGUUGUCGUUCUUGGCGUCAUGUUGGAUAGGGUGGAAUUUAGUGUUAGCUGUCGACUGAGAUGUCAAACAGAUAGCUGAAUGACAGGUCGCAAAAUGCGCAAGAGCACACGCAUGUUGCGCAGG